AUGCGGCCUACUCCUGUUCUCGCCCUCGCGCUCCUGCCGCUGGCCCACGCCAUCGACAUUGUCUCCUCCAAUGACGACGGCUGGGCAGAAGCCAACAUCCGCUCUAUCUACAGCGCCUUGACUUCCUCGGGCCACUCGGUCGUUGUAUCCGCCCCGGCAGAGAACAAAAGUGGAUCAGGCUCCCGCGACGAAGAACCCACAAACCGCACAGAAGCAUGCGAGUUUGAUUCCUGCCCGGCGAACAGCGGUCCAACCGGCCAGAAUGCAACAGACCCCCGCCUAAACUGGGUAAACUCGUACCCUGUAACCUCAAUCAAGCACGGCAUCGACACGCUCGCACCGCAGUUCUUCAACGGUGCCCCCGACCUCGCCGUCACGGGGCCCAACGUUGGUAACAACCUCGGACUGACCGUGCACAUCUCCGGAACCGUCGGCGCAGCAACCUACGCAGCGGGGACAGCGGGCAUCCCCGCGAUCGCGUUCUCGGGGGAGUCGGGGGAGCCCACGGCUUGGGAUGCGGCUGUACCAGACUAUAGCAGGAUCUAUGGCGAGCUCGCGGCGAGACUCACCGACCGCCUCGUCGCAUCUGGCGCGCCGUAUCUCCCCGAGAACAUCUGGUUGAAUGUGAACUUCCCGGCUGUUGAUGAGACGUGUGCGAGUGCGGAUGACUUUAGUUUCGUGCUUACUCGCAUCUUCACGGCUCUCCCGCUCAUUACAGCGGAUGAUGUCGAGACGUGUGGCGGUUCGCGGCUGCCGACGGAAUUCUCUACCAUCCAUUUUACGGAUGGAUGCUAUGUCAGUGUGUCUGUGGGCACGGCGGACGAUAAGGGUGAUGCCGAUGCGGCGGCUCAGGGCGUUGUUUUGGAGAAGUUGGGGGAUUUGUUGACUUGCCUACCUUAG